AACACCACAACAAGGAGAAGGCGGGAAUUUGACGUGCCCGAGAGGACAAAUGCGUGUUUGGCAUUCCACUAACAAAUCUUCCUGCUUCAUAUCACGAUGUGUUGAGGCGACACCCCCACCAUACAUCGGAUACAGUGCCAAUAUAUCAGUUGAUGUAUCAUCUUACACUGGAAAUAACACACCGGGUAACGUUGGGGAGAGUAGAAACUUCACAUGUCCUCAAGGAACAGUUGCAUUGGGCAAGGAGAUUAUAACGUGUCUGGCUAACGGACAGUGGGAAACGCCGAGAUGCCAAGUAUGUAUUGAGUCGACCGAUCCUAUAGGAGAAAAUUACUGGGGGAGCAAAAACGUGACGUAUACCGGCAAAACGUGUCAGCGUUGGGACUCACAGACACCGCAUAGUCAUUCCUACCCAAACAAUUCGGAGAAUUACUGUAGAAAUCCGAGCAAUCAUAACGGGACCUGGUGCUACACGACGGACCCGGACAGUCGGUGGGAGGACUGUGACGUCCCCAAGUGUUGAUUCAGCACAAAAUGACAAAAAUGCGUACUUUAAAAUAUGUACCUUUGUUUUGGCAUCACAUAGGCCUUGGCUAUUGAUUUACAUUAGGACGUCCUUUUUAAGUUUGAUUUAUUAAUUUCAAUACAUUUUAUAGUUAUUUCUGACUAUCAAAUUAAAAAUGUAUUGUGUCUUUAUUCGCAUUAUCCGGUAUUUAUAUUAAGGACUAGAUCUAGAGACAAUAAGCCAACGUCUCCUUAUUUUUCAAAACAAGAUAGAAAGGGUAUACUUUGUACCUGUUUUCGUGUUUUGUGUUGUUUGAAGUUUUUUUUCUCUCAGAAUUUGAAUCAUAUAAUUACACUGUUACUCUUAAAAAACAACCUAUAAAAAGACGCACAUUUGUGUCGGGGCAAUUGCUCUUAAAUAUACUCUAUCGUACAUACAGGAAUAUACUGUUAAUAAAACUAAUGGUUAUCAUACUGUGUUGUGUGGAAAAGGAAAGACUAUCAGUAAAACGAUGCUGUUAUUUUUACAAUAUCGGAAAAACAAGGGAAGACAGUCAAACGGUGUUGUUAUAUGAACUGCAUCGUACGAAGAAAGGGAAAACUAAAACUAUGUUGUUCUAUAAGGCUUUCAGUAAAACUGUUACAUUAUAUUUGCUGCUGUUAUAUGUACUAUAUCGUAGAGACAGGGGAAUACAAUCACUAAAACCA